AUGAGCUAUAAUGGAGGUACGGUGCUAGCGAUGGCUGGAAAUGAGUGCGUUUGCAUUGCGACUGAUUUGAGGUUAGGAGAGCAGAUGACGACAAUCGCGACGAAUGUGAAGAAGGUUCACAAAUUGGGUGAUAAAAUCUACAUUGGUCUCGGUGGUUUCUUCUCGGACGCGAAGACUGUUCUCGAUAAAAUUUUAUUCCGGAAAAAUUUGUAUGAAUUACGCGAGAACCGAAAAAUCAGACCUGAGGUAGUUGCAACAAUGAUAUCGAAUCUGCUGUAUCAGCAUCGUUUUGGUGGUUAUUUGACUGAACCACUCGUUGCGGGACUAGACCCGGUCACAAAUAAGCCAUACAUCUGCGGUAUGGAUACAAUUGGUUGUAUCGCAUCGCCGAAUGAUUUUGUGGCUGUUGGAACUGGAUCAGAAUAUUUGCUGGGCGUUUGUGAAGGUUUCUGGCGUGAAAACAUGAGUCCGGAUGAGCUAUUCGAAGCGACCGCACAGUCAAUGUUGUCGGCGAUGGAACGAGAUGCGGCCAGUGGUUGGGGUGUUAUGGUGUACACGAUAACCAAGGAUAAAGUGAACAUCAAAACGAUUAGAGCGAGAAUGGAUUAA